AUGGAGCUCCCGUUUGCGUCCCUGGGAGCUAACAACUUCCGACGGUUUACCCCAGAGUCGCUGGCAGAGAUUGAGAAACGAAUAGCUGCCCGCGGUGGCGCCAAGAAGGUCAGAACUAAGCCCAGAUGGCACAAGGACAAGGAUGAGAAGCCCAGGCCGCAGCUGGACCUGAAAGCCUGUAACCAGCUGCCCAGGUUCUAUGGUGAACUCCCGGCAGAACUGGUUGGGGAGCCCCUGGAGGACCUCGACCCUUUCUACAGCACACACCGGACGUUCAUGGUGUUGGAUAAAGGCAGGACCAUUUCCAGGUUCAGUGCCACCUGGGCCCUGUGGCUCUUCAGUCCCUUCAACCUGAUCAGAAGAACGGCCAUCAAAGUGUCUGUCCACUCCUGGUUCUCCAUAUUCAUUACCGUCACCAUUUUGAUCAACUGUGUGUGCAUGACCCACAACGAGCUUCCGGAGAAAAUCGAGUACGCCUUCACUGUCAUUUACACCUUUGAGGCGCUGAUAAAGAUCCUGGCAAGAGGAUUUUGUUUAAAUGAGUUCACUUAUCUUCGGGACCCCUGGAACUGGCUGGACUUCAGCGUCAUUACCCUGGCGUAUGUUGGUUCAGCGGUAGAUCUUCGAGGAAUCUCAGGCCUGCGGACAUUCCGAGUUCUCAGAGCCCUAAAGACUGUUUCUGUGAUCCCAGGACUGAAGGUCAUUGUGGGAGCCCUGAUCCACUCAGUGAGGAAGCUGGCUGACGUGACCAUCCUUACUGUCUUCUGCCUGAGUGUCUUUGCCUUGGUGGGCCUGCAGCUCUUCAAGGGGAACCUUAAGAACAAUUGUGUCAGGAACAGCACAGCUCUCCACAAGGCUGAUAAUUUCUCAUCUGAGAUGUCAAAAGAUGUCUUCUUCAAGCCUGGUACCACCGACCCCUUAUUGUGUGGCAAUGGAUCUGAUGCUGGUCACUGCCCUGACGGCUACACCUGUAUGAAAAUGUCUGAAAACCCAGAUUUUAACUACACCAGCUUUGAUUCCUUUGCAUGGGCGUUCCUCUCACUGUUCCGCCUCAUGACACAGGACUCCUGGGAACGCCUGUACCAGCAGACACUCCGGGCUUCCGGGAAGAUGUACAUGGUCUUUUUUGUGCUCGUCAUCUUUCUCGGAUCCUUCUACCUUGUCAAUUUGAUCUUGGCUGUGGUCACCAUGGCGUACGAGGAGCAGAACCAGGCAACAAUUGCGGAAAUUGAAGACAAGGAAAAAAAGUUCGAGGAAGCCCUUGGGGUGUUGCAGAAGGAACAGGAGGUGCUGGCAUCCCUGGGUAUUGACACCACCUCACUCCAUUCCCAUGACGGAUCGCCUUCAGCCCCCAAAAACACCAAUGAGAGAAAACACAGAAUGAAAUCAAGGGUGUCAGAGGGUUCUACAGAGGACAACAGGUCACCCCAGUCUGAGCCUUACAACCAACGCCGGAUGUCUUUCCUAGGCCUCUCUUCUGGGAGACGCAGGGCUAGCCAUGGCAGUGUGUUCCACUUCAGGGCAGCCACCCAAGAUGUCUCAUUUCCUGACGGAAUCACAGACGAUGGAGUCUUUCACGGAGACCACGGAAGUCGCCGCGAUUCCCUGUUGCUGGGCAGGGGUGUUGGACAGACAGGCCUUCUCCCCAGGAGCCCACUGCCUCAGUCCCCCAACCCUGGCCCUGCACAUGGAGAAGAGAGACAGCUCCCAGAGCUUACCACCGGACCUCUUGAUGGCCUGGCACCUGAUACCGCAGGGCAGAAGAAUUUCCUGUCUGUGGAGUACUUGGAUGAAUCUUUCCGAGCACAGAGGGCCAUGAGCGUCGUCAGCGUCAUGACUUCUGUCAUUGAGGAACUUGAGGAGUCUAAACUGCGGUGCCCACCCUGCCUGAUCAGCUUGGCUCAGAAGUAUUUGAUCUGGGAGUGCUGCCCCAGGUGGAUGAAGUUCAAGGUGGUGCUCUUCGAGCUGGUGACAGACCCCUUCACAGAGCUCAUCAUCACCCUGUGCAUUGUAGUGAAUACCGUCUUCAUGGCCAUGGAGUUCUACCCCAUGACCGACGCCUUCGAUGCCAUGCUGCAAGCCGGCAACAUCGUCUUCACGGUGUUUUUCACGAUGGAGAUGGCCUUCAAGAUCAUCGCCUUUGACCCCUACUACUACUUCCAGAAGAAGUGGAACAUCUUCGACUGUGUCAUUGUCACCGUGAGCCUGGUGGAGCUGAGCAUAGCCAAGAAGGGCAGCCUGUCUGUGCUUCGGACCUUCCGUCUGCUUCGAGUCUUCAAGCUGGCCAAGUCCUGGCCGACCCUGAACACACUCAUCAAAAUCAUCGGGAACUCCGUGGGGGCCUUAGGCAACCUGACCUUCAUUUUGGCCAUCAUCGUCUUCAUCUUCGCCCUGGUUGGAAUGCAGCUCCUCGGGGAUGGCUAUGGGUGCACCAACGGCACCGCCGUGUGGAGGAAUGAGACACUCCGCUGGCACAUGUGUGAUUUCUUCCAUUCCUUCCUCGUCGUCUUCCGGAUCCUCUGCGGAGAGUGGAUUGAGAACAUGUGGAUCUGCAUGCAAGUCAGUGAGACGACCAUUUGCCUCGUCCUUUUCUUGACCGUCAUGGUGCUGGGCAACCUGGUGGUGCUCAACCUUUUCAUCGCCUUACUCCUGAACUCCUUCAGUGCGGACAACCUCACAGCCCCAGAGGAUGAUGGGGAGGUGAACAACUUGCAGGUAGCACUGGCCAGGAUCCAGGUAUUUGGCCAUCAGGCCAGUCAGGCUAUUAGCAGUUACUACAGAAGCCACUGCCGUCUCCGCUGGCCUAAGGUGGAGCUCCAGCUGUGGGUGAAACCCAGACUCAGUGGCUCCAAAGCUGAGAACCAGGUUCCUACAGAUGCUGUCAAUGCUGCAGUGGGGAACCCGGAAAAGCCAGCUCCUGGUGGCCCCAAGGAGGACCACGGGGACUUCAUCACCGAUCCUCAUGUGUGGGUCUCUGUGCCCAUUGCUGAGGAAGAAUCUGACUUCGACGAGCUAGAAGAGGAGAUUGAGCGCGGUUCUCAGAGCUCCUGGCAGGAAGAGAGCCCCAAGGAAGAGCAGGAACAGCUGCCGCAAGUCCACCAGGCACCCAGGAGCUCAGGCUCUGGGUUGUCCUCUGAGGACCUGGCUCCGUACCUGGGUGAGAGCUGGAAGAGAGAGGCUACCCCUCAGGCCCCUGCCGAGGGGGUAGAUGACACAAGCUCCUCUGAGGGCAGCACGGUGGACUGCCCCGACCCAGAGGAGAUCCUGAAGAAGAUCCCUGAGCUGGCCGAGGACCUAGAAGAGCCGGAUGACUGUUUCACAGAAGGCUGCACUCGCCGAUGUCCCUGCUGCAAAGUGAACACCAGCAAGCCUCCCUGGGCCACAGGCUGGCAGGUGCGCAAGACUUGCUACCGUAUUGUGGAGCACAGCUGGUUUGAGAGCUUCAUCAUCUUCAUGAUCCUGCUCAGCAGCGGAGCGCUGGCCUUUGAGGACAACUACCUUAAUGAAAAGCCCCGAGUGAAGGCUGUGCUGGAGUACACUGACAGAAUGUUCACCUUCAUCUUCGUGUUCGAGAUGUUACUUAAGUGGGUAGCUUACGGCUUCAAAAAAUAUUUCACCAACGCGUGGUGCUGGCUGGACUUCCUCAUCGUGAACAUCUCUCUGAUAAGCCUCACAGCAGCGAUCCUUCAGUAUUCAGACAUGGCAUCCAUCAAAGCCCUCCGGACCCUGCGUGCCCUGAGACCACUGCGGGCUCUGUCUCGGUUUGAAGGCAUGAGGGUAGUGGUGGAUGCGCUGGUGGGCGCCAUCCCCUCCAUCAUGAACGUCCUCCUCGUGUGCCUCAUCUUCUGGCUCAUCUUCAGCAUCAUGGGCGUGAACCUCUUGGGAGGGAAAUUUUGGAGGUGCAUCAACAUCAGCAGCAAUCCAUUUUCUGUUGUGGAUUCAGAAAUUGUGGAUAACAGGCUUCAGUGCCGCAGUCAAAACAACACUGGCCACUUCUUCUGGGUGAAUGUGAAAGUCAACUUUGACAAUGUUGCUAUGGGUUACCUCGCUCUUCUUCAGGUGGCAACCUUCAAAGGCUGGAUGGACAUUAUGUACGCUGCUGUGGAUUCCCGAGAGAUCAACCAUCAGCCCCAUUGGGAGGACAACUUGUACAUGUAUCUCUAUUUCGUCAUCUUCAUCAUUUUCGGUGGCUUCUUCACGCUGAAUCUCUUUGUUGGGGUCAUAAUUGACAACUUCAAUCAACAGAAAAAAAAGUUAGGGGGCCAGGACAUCUUCAUGACAGAGGAACAGAAGAAGUACUACAAUGCCAUGAAGAAGCUGGGCUCCAAGAAACCCCAGAAGCCCAUCCCACGGCCCCUGAAUAAGUACCAGGGGUUUGUGUUUGACGUCGUGACCAGGCAAGCAUUUGACAUCGCCAUCAUGGUCCUCAUUUGCCUCAACAUGGUCACCAUGAUGGUGGAGACUGACGAACAGAGUGAGGAGAAGACGAAGAUCCUGGGCAAAAUCAACCAGUUCUUUGUGGCCGUCUUCACGGGCGAGUGUGUGAUGAAGAUGUUCGCUCUGCGUCACUACUACUUCACCAACGGCUGGAACGUGUUCGACUUCAUCGUGGUGAUCCUGUCCAUUGCGAGUCUGUUGUUUUCUGCAAUCCUUACAUCAUUUGCAAAUUUCCUCUCCCCAACGCUCUUCCGGGUCUUCCGUCUGGCCAGAAUUGGCCGCAUCCUCAGGCUGAUCCGCGGAGCCAAGGGGAUCCGCACCCUGCUCUUCGCCCUCAUGAUGUCCCUGCCCGCCCUCUUCAACAUCGGCCUCCUGCUCUUCCUGGUCAUGUUCAUCUACUCCAUCUUCGGCAUGGCCUGUUUCGCAAACGUUGUGGAUGAGGCUGGCAUCGAUGACAUGUUCAACUUCAAGACCUUUGCCAACAGCAUGCUGUGCCUUUUCCAGAUCACCACGUCAGCCGGCUGGGACGGCCUCCUCAGCCCCAUCCUCAACACGGGCCCCCCCUACUGUGACCCCGACCUGCCCAACAGCAAUGGCUCCCGGGGGAACUGUGGGAGCCCCGCGGUGGGCAUUAUCUUUUUCACCACCUACAUCAUUAUCUCCUUCCUCAUCGUGGUCAAUAUGUACAUCGCAGUGAUUCUGGAGAACUUCAAUGUGGCCACAGAAGAGAGCACAGAGCCCCUGAGCGAGGACGACUUUGACAUGUUCUAUGAGACCUGGGAGAAGUUCGACCCAGAGGCCACCCAGUUCAUUGCCUUUUCUUCCCUCUCAGACUUCGCAGACACACUCUCUGGCCCUCUUAGAAUCCCCAAACCCAAUCAGAAUAUACUAAUGCAGAUGGACCUGCCAUUGGUGCCUGGAGAUAAGAUCCACUGUUUGGAUAUCCUUUUUGCCUUCACAAAGAAUGUCCUGGGAGAGUCCGGGGAGUUGGAUUCUCUGAAGACUAAUAUGGAAGAGAAGUUUAUGGCAACUAAUCUUUCUAAAGCAUCCUAUGAGCCAAUAGCAACCACCCUCCGGUGGAAACAGGAAGACAUCUCAGCUACAGUCAUUCAAAAGGCCUAUCGGAGCUAUGUGUUGCAGCGCUCCUUGACGCUCUCCAACCCCCUGAGUGUGCCCGGGGCUGAGGAGGAGGACAUGGCACCCCCUGGGGCAGACUACGUUACAUUCAUGGCAAAUGACAGCAAUGGGCUCCCAGAUAAGUCGGAAACUGCUUCUGCCAUCUCUUUCCCACCAUCCUAUGACAGUGUCACCAGGGACCUGAGUGACAGGGUCAACAUCAGCUCAUCUAGCUCAAUGCAGAAUAAGGAUGAGGUCAGCAGUAAGGAAGGGGACAGCCCCGGACCUCAGUGAAGACACUCAAGCAUGCGCAGGGUGGGUUCUGAUGUCUUCCUCUACUGUGAUAACUCUCUUUCUCUAGAGGUGGUACCCAUCCACAGCCUUACCACUGCAUGCUGCUGCUCAUGGUGUCAGGGCUGAGGGUCCUCGAGAAAGACUCCACACCAAUAGGAAUCAAAAGCCAAAAAUAAAUCUUCACUUCGAUGCCUCUUCCAGUUUUCCAGGAAAUGCCGUUGCUUUGUUUAUUCUGUUUGUGACUAGAGAUGUGAUUUUUUCCAUGACCAACUUCUCAGAACCAGAACGUGUAGAGCUACACAGCAAGGACAUUUCUGAGGGUCUCAGGUAGGCUUCGAGAAGCCACAUAGUGAUGGCACUGCUAAUUAGGGUUUGCAUGACUGCAUGUACACAGCUGCUGGGCAACACCU